AUGUCAGACUUGAAUUGGUGUACAUAUUGUGAUAACGCAAUCAAUCCAUUUUCUGAAUCUUUAUAUUGCAGUGAGCAAUGCUUACGCGCUGAUGCUUUAAGGAACCAUCCUUUGUUAGGUUACACAUACCCUGAAUUUGUUGACUUUCCAAGAGCAACCAUCAGCACCGUUAGUUCAUCAAUUUCAUUGGCAAAUCAUCCCGAUACAACA